AUGGUCCACUUUUUGCACCCGGGCCUUUCGCCCCGGAACAUCGUCCCUCCAGACGUUCAGGAUAACCUGGGUUGCUGCGUGGUGCAGGAGGAGGCAUCUCCCUACUCUUUGGUCAACCUCUGCCUGAAUGUUCUGAUUGCUAACCUGGAGAAAUUGUGUUCUGAAAGACCUGAUGGAACACUGUGCCUUCCUGAGCACUGGAAUUUCCCUCAGGAAGUAGCUGAUCGAUUCCUUGGGGUGAUGACUUGGCAAGGCAAACUGACUGAUAGAACUGCAAGCAUUUUCCGAGGCAACCAAAUGAAAUUGAAGCUGGUCAAAAUCCAAAAAGCUAAAAUCUCUACAGCUGCAUUCAUAAAAGCCUUCUGCCAUCAUAAGCUCAUUGAGCUGGAUGCUACUGCAGUGCAUGCUGACCUCCCAAUCCCAGACAUCAUAAGUGGACUCUGCCGCAGUAGCUGGAUCCAGCAAAAUCUCCGGUGUCUCCUGUUAGACUCAACAAGCAUCCCUCAACAUUCAAGACUAUUCUUUAGUCAGCUCACUGGUCUCCGCAUUUUAAGUGUUUUCAAUGUUUGUUUUCAUAGUGAAGACCUGGCCAAUGUUUCUCAGUUACCAAGGCUGGAAAGCUUGGAUAUCUCCAAUACUCUGGUCACUAACAUCUCUGCACUCCUUAACUGUAAGAAUAGACUCAAAUCUCUCACAAUGCACUAUCUGAAAUGCCUGACAAUGACCAAACCACAAAUACUUAAAGUCAUUAGAGAACUUAAAUGUCUGCUUCACCUUGAUAUUUCUGAUCACAGGCAACUCAAAUCAGACCUAGCUUUUCAUUUGCUACAGCAGAAGGAUAUCCUGCCUAAUAUUGUGUCACUGGAUAUUUCUGGGGGCAGUUGCAUUACUGAUGGAGCUGUAGAACUGUUUAUACGGCAGCGGCCUGCAGUGCAAUUUGUGGGACUAUUGGCUACGGAUGCUGGUUAUUCUGACUUCUUUACUACAAAGCAAGGCUUGAGGGUUACUGGAGGAGCCAAUAUGAGUCAGAUUUCAGAAGCACUGAGCCAAUACAGGAAUAGAUCAUGUUUUAUGAAGGAAGCCCUCUACAGGCUCUUCACACAGACAUUUGCAGUGCAGGUAACCAUGCCUGCUAUUUUAAAGCUUGUGGCUGUAGGAAUGAGAAAUCAUCCAUUGGAUUUGCCUGUGCAGUUCACAGCUAGUGCUUGUGCCCUCAACUUAACACGCCAAGGCCUGGCUAGGGGGAUGCCUGUUCGUCUAUUGUCAGAGGUCACCUGUCUACUUUUCAAGGCUCUGAAAAAUUUCCCCCAUUACCAGCAGUUACAGAAGAAUUGUCUUCUCUCCUUAACCAAUUCCAGGAUUCUUGUGGAUGUUCCAUUUGACAGGUUUGAUGCUGCCAAGUUUGUUAUGAGAUGGCUCUGUAAGCCUGAGAACCCUAAGAUGCAAACAAUGGCAGUAAGCAUCACUUCUAUUCUAGCCCUGCAGCUUUCACCUGAGCAAAAUGCUCAACUUAAAGAAGAGCUCUUCAUGGCAGUCAAGGAACUUCUAGCAAUAGUAAAACAAAAGACUACUGAGAAUUUAGAUGAUGUCACCCUCUUGUUUACUUUGAAAGCACUUUGGAAUCUCACAGAUGAGUCUCCAGCUGCUUGCAAGCAUUUUAUUGAAAAUCAAGGAUUGGCAGUCUUCAUCCAAGUCUUGGAGACUUUUUCAGACUCAGCAAUACAAAGCAAAGUACUUGGUCUUUUGAACAACAUAGCUGAAGUCAAAGAGCUCUCGUCCAAGCUGGUGACCGAAGAUGUGAUGGAGCAUAUCAGCAGUUUACUCCAUAGUGAGGAAAUGGAAAUCAGCUAUUUUGCUGCAGGUAUCAUAGCCCACCUGACAUCUGACAAACAGUCCUGGAAGUCCCGUGACCUUCAGAGGAGAGCUCUUCUCCAAGAUCUGCUUGCAACCAUCCAGAAUUGGCCAAGUUCAAGUUGUAAGAUGACAGCAUUGGUGACCUACAGAUCCUUCAAGGCAUUUUUCCCGCUCCUUGGUAACUUCUCUCAACCAGAGGUUCAGCUGUGGGCACUAUGGGCUAUGUAUCAUGUCUGCAGUAAAAACCCCAGCAAAUACUGCAAAAUGUUAGUUGAAGAAGAAGGAUUGCAGCUUUUGUGUGAUAUCCAGGAGCACAAGGAGGCAAACCCCCAAGCACAGCAGAUUGCAGCCUCCAUUCUAGAUGACUUCAGAAUGCAUUUCAUGAAUUAUCAGAGGCCCCCUCUGUGUUGAGUGCCCUUAACCUAA